UUAUAUGGAUUUGCCACGAAACCCAAACUGCAGAGUGUUAAGGCUGGUUUACACAUCGAUCUAGUCCAUCUGGUCACGAUGCUCUGAUCACAGUUGCACCUUGGCCAUGCAUGAGACUCGGUGAUUACAAGAGGUAUGCUGACAAUGGUAGAAGACAUACAAUAAUGAGCGAACUGCUUGCAAGGAUUACGUAAUACCACAGAGCGACAUUGAGUAUUCCAGGUAUUGUUAAAACAGAAACGAAAACGUAUCUAUCGAUCAUGCAGAGCCGAACAGUAUCAUUGCGCGAGAGGAGGGAGUAGAGAACAUUGGAAGUAGCAGAAUGGAUAUCGAUCAAGAACUGGGUACAUGACUGUCGACAAGCCAACCGGUGUAUGUUCUAAUCUAAUCUCCUCUGGAACUGAAGGGAAGAUGACGAUGUGUUCGAAAGACUUCUACAGGGACGAAGAAUCUGGGAAGUGUCAGUCUUGCGCUGAGUUGUGCCAUCAAGCCGAGGUUAGAGGAACUGUUGACCCCUGCAGCAGACUUUGUCCAGUCUCUUUACAUGACCCUGUUACGGAGACACAAACUGGAGUAUCAACAACUAUAGCCAGUGCAGCGGGGACAAUGCCUUUGUCACUAAAUAACGAUGGAUACCUGAUGCCAGAGGUGUUAGUAAUUACACUGGGAGUGGGCAUCAUCCUGGUGGCUCUGGCGGGCUUUGUCAUCUUGUUCUAUCAAAGAAGUUGGCGAAGAACCGACCGCAGUUCAAAACGGCCUGGAAAAGACCCAGGCACAUAUGGGUAUACUGUAUCUUCUAUCAGUGCAACAUUUCUAGCCAAAUCUUACUGACUAUAUGAAGCAACCCGACUUUGCCUUUGUGUUGUGUCUAGCAGCUCUUAUAACAAGCAGUAUAUAUUCAAGUGGCGGAUAGGAGGUGUGACAUGUUAGUCAUGUAAGAAAACAUACCUUUUUAUCAGUUUUGUUGCGAGCUAGUAAAUAUGAAAGAUCAACAAAUCAUGUGCAUAUUGUAACCCUCUGCAGUAUUUAGGCGAUACGAUCCCAUACCUUAAUGUUAUCAAUCAUAAGACAAUACACGUUUCCUUCAUCAUAGAAGUGGUCAGUGUAGCUGCCAAGUCUGUUGAGAUAAGAGAAAUAAGAUGGUGACAAGUAAGCUGACAAAGAUGUACAAAAAUGUUGCAAAGGGUACGUGCGUUACUCGGGUGGAAAGCGUCACCGAAGCAAGAAAACGUCAGGGUCAACACUUAACCAUGAUACCCGUAUCAAAUACAUCGCUUUAAAAAAGUAUGUUUGCUUUGUAUCAUUUUUAACCACCAUCAAGCAUGAUUGUAUACAUUCUUUUGCCAACCAGGUGGCUCUCAAUAUUGGCAUAAAAGCAUUUAUAUCUAGUCAAAGCGUUAUCCAUGGUAAUGCUUAUAUGUCACCAGCAUGAUAUUGUGUAUUGUUUACAUGUCGUGACCGUUUUUAGAAAUAUUCCAGCAAUAUCACGACAGGGGACAGCGUAAAUGGGCUUCACACAUUGUACCCUUAUAAAGAGUCGAACCAGGGUGUUCAGAGUGACGAACGGACGCUUUAACCAACAGACUACCCCACCGCUGCUCAUAGUAUUGUGAAAUAACCACUGUAUUUCAUUAUUUUUGAAAGAAAAAUGUUCGCCCAUGUCGUCACUAAUGACGUCAUAAUCAAAGAGUCUUGUAAUUUUGUUUUCAUUCAUGGAACAUAUUGUGUAUUAUGUUGUCACUUUACUGAUCACGGUUAAUUGAGACGCAUAGGCUUACGAUUCAAAAAAUCAACCACAACCUACAACGAAUGUUUAAUUACCUUUGUAGCAUGUUUAAUAUAUUGUGUUUUGUCUUUUUCCAGAGACUUGAACAAUAAAAACUGAAAGAAA